AUGCAUCACAUAUUUGCGGCCUUCUGGCACUUCUCGGAUAUCCAAGCCUUGGGGCCCGCCCCUGACGGCGGUCUACAAGCCUGGCUUGUGGCAGCCGGUGGCUUCUGCAUCUUCUUCUGCUGCCUGGGGUUCACUUCGUGCUUCGGCGUGUUGCAAGAAUACUAUUCUACGCAUCAACUGCGUGAGCGAUCGACAGAUGAUGUUGCAUGGAUCGGUUCGCUCUCGUCGUUCAUACAAUUUGCUGGUGGUGCCAUUGGUGGGCCAACGGUUGAUCGAUAUGGGGCGGGGUACUACCAGUUCAUGCUUGCCCAAGGCGUGCUGAUGGGUGCUGCAGUCGCGUUUCUCCAGUUUCCAGCCUUCGCAAUAGUAUCACAGUACUUCGACAAGAAACGUGCCGCAGCGAUAGGCAUCGUUGUAUGCGGAAGCUCGAUUGGAGGUGUUGUGUUUCCCAUCAUCUUGUCCAAAAUGCUCAACGAUUCGAACAUCGGCUUCGGUUGGACAAUUCGCAUCAUCGCCUUCAUUCUCCUCCCGUUCAUGUUGUUCGCCUGCGUCGUUAUCAAGCCACGGGUCCCAUCACGCCAAGCAACGUUUUUCAUCGGCGCGGCGUGGAAGCAGCGAAAGUAUGUACUUCUAGUCGCGGCGCUAUUCUUCAUGAUGAUGGGUAUGUGGACACCCAUCUUCUACAUGCCCACGUAUGCCGUCUCGCGCGGCAUGGGCGUGUCACUCGCCGCGAACCUCCUCGCCAUCAUCAACGCCUCAUCUACCUUUGGUCGUAUCAUACCAGGAUUUCUAGCGGACAGGCUUGGACGGCUUAAUACAUUUGCCUUCGCCGGUGUUUCCUCCGGAGUCAUCAUAUUUUGCAUCAACGAAACCACGACCAACGCGUCGAUCAUUGUCUACGCAGUCUUUUUCGGCUUCUGUUCCGGCACAAUUGUCUCAUCGGCCUCCGCAGCCAUCUCGCUCUGCACGAAUGACCCGAGAGAUAUUGGAACGUAUAUAGGAAUGGGUAUGGGCCUCUCUGCAUUCGCAGUUCUAGUCGGUCCACCCAUAAAUGGCGCGCUGAUAGACAAGUAUGGUGGGUUCCUACAGGCCUCAAUCUUCAGCGGCGUUGUUUGCUUGUUCGGCGGGCUCAUUGCGUUUUCGAGCAAGCUUGCGACUUCAGAGGGGAUAUUUGGCAAGGUUUGA